GAAUACAUAUCACGGAUAUUUAUCGUCCAGUCGUUUCUUUCUCUCUCUAGAGCUUUCAUUUAUUUAUCUCUCUAUAUAUUGCAAUCAUGGUGUCUGUGGCCGCCGCCGAAUCUGCUAAAGUUAUGAAAGCGAAGAAGACGUCCGGUCCCAAGAAACCUAGGGCACAUCCUCCUUAUCUCGAGAUGAUUAAGGAGGCGAUUGUGGCUCUGAAGGAGAGGAGCGGUUCGAGCCAGAUAGCGAUUGCGAAGUUCAUCGAACAGAAACAGAAAAAUUUGCCGCCGAAUUUCAAGAAGCUUUUGCUUGUUCAAUUGAAGAAGCUCGUCGCCGGCGGAAAGAUCACGAAGGUCAAAAACUCGUUCAAGCUCUCUGUGGCGGAGAAGCCCAAGGCUGCUGCCGCCACCGCCGUUAAGAAGGCAGCUCCGACGAAGAAAGCAGUUCCGGCGAAGUCUAAGACCGGUGCUUCUGUGAAGCCAAAAGCUGCAACUCCGUCCAAGGCGAAGAAGGUUGCCGCCAAGCCGAAAGCAGUGGCAAAGCCGAAAACAGUUGCGAAGCCGAAAAAGGCUGCAAAGACUGCGGCGGUGACAACGCCAGGGAAGAAGAAGGUGGCGACGCCGGCGGCGGUGAAGGUGAAGAAGGUUCCGAUGAAAGCUGUGAAGAAGCCGAAGAGCAUAAAGACGCCGGUGAAGAAAGUUACGGCGAAGAAAGGGAAGAAGUGAGAUUAGUUGGGUUCGUGGUUAGGGUUAGGUCUGUAAAUUUGUUAAUCGGUGGGGGCUUAGUUUGAAUGACACCUGUUUUCUUUUUCUUAGUUCGUUGUAGUUUGAUUUGUCAGUGUGUUAAAAGGCUUUCUAAAUGCAAUUUUAAUUGUAGACUGAA